AUGAAGACCAUUUCGAUCCUCUCUCUGGCCGCAGCUGUUGCUGCCCAGGAGCUCUGCGAGCAAUAUGGCACCCACACCAGUGGCCAAUACACCAUCAACAACAACAUGUGGGGGAAGGACUCAGGAUCGGGAUCCCAGUGUACCUAUUUCGACGGCGUCUCGGGUGACGGUGUUGCGUGGCACACCACCUGGAAUUGGUCUGGGGGCGAGAACUCGGUGAAGAGCUACCCGAACUCUGGCGUGCAGCUGGAGAAGAAGUUCGUCAGCGACAUCUCGAGUAUUCCCACCACCGCCAAAUGGAGCUACGACAACACCGAUAUUAGGGCAGAUGUUGCGUAUGAUCUGUUCACCGCCGCCGAUAUCAACCAUGUCACCUACAGCGGCGACUAUGAGCUCAUGAUCUGGCUUGGUCGGUAUGGAGAUGUCGCACCAAUCGGAUCCCAGGUGGGCACUGCUGAUGUGGGCGGCACGACCUGGCAAGUCUGGAAUGGCAUGAACGGCGACAUGAACGUGUAUAGCUUCGUCGCUCCGAGCCCUGUCACCUCCUUCAACACGGAUAUCAAGGAUUUCUUCACCCACUUGACCGACAGCUAUUCUUUCCCUGCAAGCUCCCAGUACCUGAUCAACCUACAAUUUGGUACUGAACCCUUUACCGGUUCUCAGAGCACCUUGACUGUUUCGCAGUGGUCUGCUAGUGUGGCAUGA